GUUGAGAACAGUUUAAUAUGUACAUUGGGUUCAUAUAAAGAAUUUAAACGUUUCCACUUUACUUUUAACAUUCAAUCUCAACUAUGACAUAAAAUCAUAUUUAGAAAAGAAAAAUAAUAUAUUCAAUCAUUAAUAUUCCGGUACUUAAAGUAUAUGCUAGAAAGAAAUUAUGUACAUUAUGUUGAAAUUCGUUCCAAAACAACAAAAAAAGAAAACAAAACAGCGGUUAACUUUUUUAUUUCGAUUAUACUGUGAUUAAAUAAUAAGAAAACUAAUUUCAAAUGUCUAAUGCAUAUAUUACAUAUAAAAAUGUAAAUAUGGAUGAACUGAAAAAACGUAUUCUCUUAGAUAUUAUUUUAGAUUCAUCUAUUCUACCGGUAUGUUUUAGUGGACAAUUAAUUCAUGGUUAUGUUUAUCUAGAGACUAAAGAAGCUUUAAGUAUACAAAUUUUGCAAGUGGAACUGCUUGGAAGAGGAGUUGUUGUCACACCUUGCAAGAAGAUAUUCUCUUCUAAACAUUUCAUAAAGGGUUGGACAAAAGAGAGAAAAUCAUUACAACAAAACUUUCCGUCUUAUCAAGGCGUAGGUUGUGUUAUAUCGGGUAUAAAUGGACCAGUAGAUCCUGAAAUAUUACAAACACGUUUAAAAUGUAAAUCUAUGAAAGGAUUCAAUAAACUUGCACCGACAUUUCAAACUGUUAACGAAGAAAUUUACUGUUCUAUGAAUUCAACUUUAAUUGGAGGAGGUAUCCCUGGAAGUUGUGAACUUAUUUUAGCUGGUAAACGAUACUUUCCUUUUGAAUUUGAAUUACCUGAAGCUUGUCCAUGUUCAUUUGUUGGUUCAAGAGGUAGUAUUGAAUACAGGCUAAGAGUUUAUCUAUUACUAUCGAAUGGGGAACAAUUAUGUGCGGAUAAAGGAUUAAAAGUUUUACGUAAAACGAUCAUUAACAAAAUGAUGGUGAUUCCAAGUACAUUGGCUUGUCCUCCAAUUACCAGAAAUUAUGUGAGCAGUUUUGAUCAAUUCAUAUCAUCUAGUAGCAACACAGUGAAAUUUAUAAACUUAUCAAGAACAUGUUCACGAUUAUCAAAUUUAUGUAAAAAUGAAACGGAAAAUAUUCUAGAUGAGUAUGAUAACAGUAGUGAAAAAUUAAUUGAGAAAAAUUCAGUGUUCGAUUCCACUUUUACAAAUGAUUACAUACCAGAUCAUUUAUCAUCGUUAGGUCAGAGUGCUUACUCUAACACUGAUCUAGAUGAUACGACUAAAUUAACUAAAUAUUCGUUGAGUUCUUGUUUAAAUGAUUCUCAUCAAAGUAAUCCAUAUUUAAAUUCUAUGCAAUCAACAGAAGAUGAGAACCAAUAUCCAAAUAGUGAAAAUGAUCGAAAUAACAAUAGCAUGCAAUCAAUAUGUAAACCCCAUUUUAACCGUGCUACGAAAAUGAAAAAGGCAUUAUAUAAUUCAUUAAGUAAAACAACACUAACUGUACAACGAUGCAGUGAUAAUCCAUAUCCAUUACCUUCUACAUGGAUUUCUCAAUCAUACGGUUCAUCUUAUGCAAUAUAUCCACGUACAUGUCUUGGUGCUCAAACAGGAUAUCCAAUUUCUUGCAGAUUAACUGUCAGUCAACGUCAACUUAAUCCAGGCAGUCGAUUGACAGCAUGUUUAAGUUUACUAGUGGAAGAUCCGUUUGCUCUUCUGAUAGCUCCAUCACUCAAUGGUAUGUCGAGUGAUUUGAAUUGGUGUGCAAAAUUUAAUACAAAUAUUAGUUCAUGCAAAAAAGACUUAUGGAGUCCAUUGGCAAGAGCAUUUGUUUCGUAUUAUUUAGAAGAUUGUAUACGACAAAAGUUUAGUAACGAGAGUCAACAACUUAAUGGUAUAUGGUGGUCAGGAUUUGUUAAACAACGACACAGAAUAUUUUUAGUACUACGCCAGGUAAUAACUUAUCGAGACUGGACUCACCGUGUUAUUGCUCAAGAGGAGAGAGAUGUUUACAGUGGCGAAAUGAGAAAGCGUCCUACGUCUGAAAAACACUUAUUACGAGUUGCAUUAGAGCAUACAUUUCACUUACCUUCGUUACCGCCAACUGGUUUAGAAGGUUGUUCAUGUAUAGACAUUGCAUACAGUCUAGGACUGGUUAGUUUCAAACUGAAAAAAUUAAAGCAUCCAUUGAAGGUCACUAAAUGGAUUUUAGAGAGUGAUAUUGCUUCAGUUAAACCAGAUAAAUUUAUGGAAUUUGUUUAUAUGCAUGAAACAGGUAGCAGUAGCAAUGGUACAUAUGAAUUAAUGUCGAAGAAACCUCAAAUUAUUACAUUUCAACAGUGCAAACGAGGUAAAGAGAAGGAGUUUAAACGGUUUGCUCGUAUUCAUCACGAUCUUUUACUACCCAUUCCGAUUAUUAUUGGAACAAAUGAUCGACAAAUAGAGUCUUACAAUCAAAUGGAAUCACAACAAACUGAAUGUAAGUUGAUAUUGUCAACUGAUAGCCUUGUUUUAAUUUCACUUUAGUUCAUUAUAUACUAUAUUACACGUAUUGUAAAUGUAUCACCACGGGUUGACGAUAUAAACGAUGUCCCGCCAUACUGCUUGUAAUCUUUUACACAUAACAAAGAACAACAUGGGAGAAUUCCCUUGUUAGCUAUUUUGAUAAUCUUAGCAUAUUAACCCAAACAGUUCUCUGGUAAUAUCAGAUGCUAUUUUGAUCUUUAUAUGUGAAAUAUAAAAACUUGUGGAGUUCACAACAUAGUCUGAAAAUAAUUUAAUGAUCAUGAAAUUUACCCGUGAAUAACGUUUAUCCAUGUAGUCAUUGGUCAUCGGAUUUCAGUGAAUUAAACCAAAAUCUUUAACCGUUUUUAGUUCUUUUUAAUCAAAUAUAUUCCCUCUAAAAUUUAACCUUAACCAAACGAAAUGAUAGAAUUUACCUUAACUGAAAUGACACAUGUUUUCUUUGUAAAACAAUACAGAUCACUACACUUAUGUUUACACCUACAUAAAAGAAACCCCUUAAAUAUGAAGUGUAAUAUGAUAUAUUUUUAUAAAUUUGAAUAUUUAAACUUGUACAUUUAUCUUUAUAUUUGACAUUAGUAAUACUUGGCUGUCAUGAAAAACAUGGUCAGGAUUUGUGAGAAUUAAGUAGUUAUUUUGAAAUAUAAUAUUAUAGAUACUUGUUAUUCGAUGAAAAUUGACAUUUAUUUAUGUAAUCUCAUUUGGAAAGUUGUAUCCUUAAUAAAAAACCUUAUAUAUUUGGUUAACUAGAGCUCCCUGAUUCUGUGUCCAACAUAACUAAUUGAUAUGAGUAGCAUUUAAAUAUCUUGGUUAUCUUUCAUCGUCUUUUAUGAACAAUAUUCGCUCAUAAGUUAAAAAGAUGAAAGAAUGGAUUGGUAAUGGAAACUUUUCUGAUUGAGAUCAUGAAUUGAUCAGUGUUAGACCAUCAUUGAAAACCUGAAAGCAUUGAACGAUCGUUUCAUCCUAGUAAAGGACUCCCCAGCAGUGCGCAAUCACGAUCCCACGCUCAGGGUUCGAGCCCGGGACCUUUGGAAGAUUUUCUGCUAAAUUAAGCAGUGAGUAUAUUACGACCGGAAUUUUGUAACGAUGUAGACGCUAUAUUACAUUUCACAAAAAUCUCUAAAGAGAAGCUUCUUCCUGUAGAUACUGAACUACAUUGAUAAUGUAUAGCCUUCGGAAAACCAGUAGAUCAGAAGUUGAAAUCCAGAUUAGCACAAAACUGUAAUCAUUGAUGUCACAGAACUACUAAAUAAACCAAUGGUUGUAAUUUCUUUCAGUUUUGACAGUUUUGUGACCUUAAUUUCUCGCUCGUUUUUUAUGUGAAUAAUAAUCCUAGUGAUUUAAUAUUUUCUCGACAAUUAACUUGAAUGUCGUGGAUAUUAGACACCAAUAUAUGAUUCAGUUAGUGUGAUUCAAAGGUUCGGGUGCUUAGUUUAUGUUUACAUGUGUUAUAUUUGAUGAAAAGAAAUUUCGCAUAUGCCAAGUCACAUGCGGUUACAGUUUGGAACAAAAUAGACCUUCACAACAUUUGAAACCUGUGUUAUUUUGCUUUGAAACCACCUACACCAUUGAAGAUAUCAUGAAAAGUUUUGAGUUGAAUAGCAUUUCCUAUAACCUUCUGAAAUCCUUAUAAAAAAAAACAAAUAGAGCGGAGAAAUCCCUUCUCAUUUAGUUUUUUUCAUCUCUGCCUUACGCUAAUAUUUAUGUAUGAUUUACAAUAAUUAAAUAACUCUCGUCGAGUUGUUGUGUUACGCAAUAAUUAUAUA